AUGAACAAGAAAGAAUACAAUAUUUGGGAUGAUCACAGUUACGAGAAGACGUCGAAAUUGAAUAAUGAACAUAUAGCGAAAGGAAAUGUAUAUGAAGAUUACAAAGGAGAAUACGAGAAUAUGGAUGAUGGGCGUAGUGUGAAUUCUUCGAAACUCAAGAUUCAAAAUGUAAGGAAAGGAAAUGGAUGUGAAGGAUAUGAAGAUGAUUAUGAGAUUUUGGAUGAUCAGAGUAAUGUGAAGUCUUCACGGUUCAAUAUUCAAUAUAUAAGGAAAAGAAAUAUUGGCGAAUCAAAUUCGAAGAUUAAUGAGAAUGAUGAGAAUAUUGAAUCCAAACUUCUCAUGUUUCCUAGGAGCCAAGUUCGUGUUUAUCUAAUGCAGAAGAUCGAAAAGUUGAAAGAAGCGCUUGAAGAUGAAGAUCAGAAAUUGCAAGAAAUAAAAAGGGUUCUCAAUAAAUCAGCUGGAAAAACUCGGAAGUUAUUAGAGAAGUUUCUACGAAGCAUUGGUUGUGAUAAAAAGACGAUAUCAGACUCAUAA